AUGGGUCAGACCUUGUCCGAGCCCGUCGUCGAUAAGGCUUCCGCUGAGGGUCAAGAUGAAUGCUGUAUAUACGGUGUUUCGGCCAUGCAGGGCUGGCGAAUCAGCAUGGAGGAUGCUCAUGCAUCUGUGCUAGACCUACAAGCCAGAUUUGCGGACCAGAACGAAAAACCAACCGAUCCUGACAAACGACUUGCUUUCUUUGGUGUAUAUGACGGGCACGGUGGAGACAAAGUAGCUUUAUUUGCCGGGGAAAAUGUCCACAAAAUCGUCGCGAAGCAGGAAUCUUUCGCCAAGGGCGAUAUCGAACAGGCCCUCAAGGAUGGCUUCCUCGCUACCGACCGGGCUAUUUUGGAAGACCCGAAGUAUGAAGAGGAAGUGUCUGGCUGCACCGCAGCUGUCAGCGUCAUCUCAAAGCACAAGAUCUGGGUGGCCAAUGCCGGUGAUUCUCGCUCCGUCCUCGGUGUCAAGGGCCGCGCAAAGCCUCUCUCGUUUGAUCACAAGCCUCAGAAUGAAGGCGAGAAGGCUCGUAUUAGCGCUGCCGGUGGCUUCGUUGACUUUGGCCGUGUCAAUGGUAACCUGGCUUUGUCGCGAGCCAUUGGAGACUUUGAAUUCAAGAAGAGCCCCGAGCUGUCCCCUGAGCAACAAAUCGUUACUGCUUAUCCCGAUGUUACGGUACAUGACCUCAGUGAUGAUGACGAGUUCCUCGUGAUUGCCUGUGAUGGUAUCUGGGAUUGCCAGUCCUCUCAGUCCGUGGUGGAGUUCGUUCGCCGCGGCAUUGCCGCAAAGCAGGAUCUCUAUCGGAUCUGUGAGAACAUGAUGGACAACUGCCUGGCCUCCAACAGCGAAACCGGCGGCGUUGGUUGCGACAACAUGACGAUGAUCAUCAUCGGACUUCUGAACGCUGAGUUCCGCGGCCCCGGUAUCCGUAAUCAAUUUGAGGAGAACCCGGAUGACUUUGACAUGGAGAACGACCGUGCGCGUGGCUUCAGCGUCCGCUCGGGCCGCAUCAUCCUCCUGGGGGACGGCACUGAAUUGAUUCCGGAGCAGAACGAUGACGAACUCUUUGACCAGGCUGAGGAAGACCAGGACCUUGCCAAUCAGGUGCGCCGUGACUCUCCCGAUGCGGCUCGGAAUGAACGGGAGGGGACUCCUGGGCCACAAUCCAAGGACACCCCCCGGGCGGAUGCGGCUGAGAUCUCGGAGUCGCCGUCCACCACCGCGGAGGGUUCUGGAACGCCGCAAAAGCCUACGAGUUCGUAG